CACACUAUUGUUGCAGACGUCAAGACCAAGACGAAUGGCCGCAGACACCUUCGCCUUCAGGGGGACGUUCUUCCACACACCCGCCUACGGCCAGCUCGAGGCGCUGCGCGACGCCGUGGUGGUCAUUCAAGAUGGCAAGAUUGCUCGCCUCGGCACCAGUGGCGACGAGGCCGCCCUGAUGCGCGAGUUCGGCCUGUCCGAAGUGCGCCGACUGAAGGAGGGUCAAUACUUUGUCCCGGGCUUUAUUGAUACCCACGUUCACGCUCCUCAGUACAAAUUCACCGGCACCGGCACUGAUAUUGCGCUGAUGGACUGGCUCAAAAAGUACACCUUCCCGGCCGAGGGCUCCUUCCGCGACCUCGACGCCGCGCACCAUCGCUACGCGCUGCUGGUGAAGCGCUUCCUGGCCAACGGCACCACCACCGCCAUGUACUACGGCUCGCUGCACCUGGAGCCCAACCUCAUCCUGGUGGACACCAUCGAGCGACUGGGCCAGCGCGCCGUCGUGGGCAAGGUGAACAUGGACCGCCACUCGCCAGAUGACUACGUGGAGGCCACGUCCGACGGCAUCCGUGACGCCGAGGAGUUCAUCAAGUACACGCAGGGCAAGAAAUGCACACGCAUCGAGCCCUGCAUCACCCCCCGCUUCAUCCCCACAUGCACCCCCGAGCUCAUGAAGGGCCUGGCGUCGCUGGCUCAGAAGUACGGCACACACAUCCAGUCGCACAUCAGCGAGUGCUGCGGCGAGGUCAACUGCGUGCGCGAGAUGCACCCCGAGUACGCAAGUGACGCGGCCGUGUUCGAGGAGAUGGGGAUGCUCACCAGCAAGACGGUCAUGGCGCACGGCACGCUGCUGAGCGACGACGACAUCAAGCACCUGGCCAGCCGCGGCACCGCCGUCAGCCACUGCCCGCUCUCAAACUUCUUCCUGGGGGAUGCGUUCUUCAAGGUGAACCACGCGCUUUCCCUGGGUCUCAAGGUGGGGCUGGGCACGGACGUGGCGGGCGGCAUCCAGCCCUCCAUGCUGUCGGCGCAGCGCAUGGCCGUGGUCAACAGCCGCUGCCUGCGUGCGCACAAGCUGGCGGUGAGCGGCGGCACCAUCGUGACGCCUGAGAUGGAGAAGGACGUCAUCACGUUCAAGGAGGCGCUGUGGCUAGCCACCGUGGGCGGCGCGCAGGCGCUCAACAUGGAGGACCGCGUGGGCACCUUUGCGGUGGGCAAGGAGUUUGACGCGCUGCUGGUGGACACCAGCCUGGGCGGCACCGCCGGCCCCUUCGACGUCUUCGAGGGCGAGGACGACCUGCAGCGCUUUGAGAAGUUCAUCAACCUGGGCGACGACCGCAACCUGCUGGAGGUGUACGUGCAGGGCAAGUGCGUCAAGCGCGGUGACAGCUUCGAGCUGGAGGCCGCCAUCCUCAAGAGCGGCGCCGACAGCGACCGCGCCAUGGCCGCCGCCACGCCCGCCGAGCCCAACGCCGAGCCCACCGUGGACCUGGCGCACCAACCCGCCUCCGACUCGCCCGCGAGCGGCGAGGCCGAGGCCGAGGAGCCCGCCGCCAAGCGCUCGCGCCGAUAGACAGGCGGCUGCGAGGCAGCGGCGGUGCUGAUGCAGUAGCAGCAGCGACGGCUGGAGCCGUGGGCGGCUGCGCAAGUGGGCGGCUGCACAGGGAGCGACGGAUGACGGCGCAGCGACUGCUGCGGACCGCGCGGCAACUGCUGCGCGAGCGAUUCGGACUGCGAUUGUUCGGGACCCGGGUACUGUACGCUUUCCCACCAUGCAUGGUCAUAUAGUGGAGGCACGGUCUGUACACGAUGCACGCUGCGGGCGGGUUUGCCGACGGCGUGCAUUCUGGCUUGUGUAUUGAGUCGUGAGACGGGGGUGCUGUGAGGGUUGCGGUGCAUGUCCGUCACCAGAUUUGUGUGUGGACUGUCGCGCUUAUCAGGCUUCUGACAGUAGUGCUGCGAGUGCCCAGGAACUGCUGAGAGGAUGUCGGGAGUCUGGCAGAGAUGUGAAGCUGCCCGUUACGUGUGAUGAGACCUAGGCCCGAGGCUGUCGUACAUUUGUAGGGGGGUUGAUGUAGAACUUUAUUUGCACCGGUGAUGGCUGCUAGUCUGCAGAUGGUGCACGUGCAUUCUCUGGCGAUUACAGAUACGGUACCCAAGGUGAGCGGAGCGGAGUGGAGAGGAAGCCUGGAAAUUCCUUUGUGAGCUUGUGCGGUAGCGAGAAGUGCGGACGCGUCGCCGGCGUAGGCGUGUAUGGCAUUAUGAGCCCACCGCUUGCGGGAGGGCACCUCUGCUGAUUUGUACUCUGAUCAGGACGGCCCCUGUAUGAUUUGUGUAUCACUAUUACUCGUGCGCUAGAACCAGUCGAGUCCACUUCGGGGAAAUGUUGCAUGUGUGGUACGAGAGCUGCCCCUGCAUGCUCGGCAAGUGCUCAAGUGCUGUGCAGCUCUAGGGCUCUAGUUUUAAGCUCUAGUUCGUGUAUCACUAUUGAGCUGCAAUGUAGACGAGUCUGGAGAGCUGUGUAUUGAGGAUGCUGAGCUGGGACAGCUGUGGAACAUGUGACCGCGUCGCGGCAUCAAGCUGAAGGUUGGGUGAGGAACUGAGGGUGCAAUCUUAGCCCUGAUUGCGUUUGCUGAUGUGGUCAGGGCCAGGCAGGGAUUGAUGAGCAUGGACGAGGAUACGAUAGCGGGUGAUGCAGACUGCCACCGAGUAUGGCUGGCGCACUGGGAAAGCGGCUAGGGAAUAAGCACACGCUUGGCAAGCAGAAGGGACGCAUUUUGAGGAAGAGUAGCGUUUUGACGGUUUAGCUGCUGUCCAGGAUGAAUCGGACCCUGCCAUAGCGCCGCGCCCUGUGCGGCCCAGUAUUGUCACUGCGUACACACUGCCAACCGCGCUUUGAACUUGAAGGCUCGAGGUGAUGGCCGUAAUCCCACGGGAUGAGUGGGGUUUGUUCCAUCCGCUUGACUCCAUCUGUGUAACAGCCCACCGCG